GCAGCUAUAUUACCUGAGCCGCGGCAAGUGCAUCGUCGCGACCUUGACACCUGCCGCCCCACCACGGACUCUCCUUUUUCCGAGAGCUAUUUCUAUUAUAUUAAAUUUAGUUAGUUGCGUGUCUUGUGCGUGAAACGAUGGCCGCCGCAGGUUUGGACGACGCGUACCUCGGCCUUUACGCGGCCAACGCGGCCCUGCUGAUUUUCAAAAUGUACCUCGUCGCCUCGUCCACCGGCAUCCUCAGGAUGAAGAAAAAGGUGAGCCCCAACCCUGAGGACGCCAGGUUCAUGGGCCAGGAGCAACCUUCGACCACCGAAGACCCUGAUAUUGAGAGAGUCAGAAGGGCCCAUUUGAACGACUUGGAGAACAUCCCAGCGUUUCUGUUCAUUUCGUACCUGUUCCUGUUGACCAAGCCGGACAUCACCUGGGCCAACGUUUUGGUGUGGGGCUUCACCGCCGCCCGAUUCCUCCACACGUUGGUCUACGCCUACUACCCUGUGCCACAGCCCUCGAGGGCCAUCGCCUUCUUUGUCGGUCUCUUGAUUUCACUCUACAUGACCAUUGUGGUGUUUUUCUACUUCGUUUGAAAACUUUCAAGACUUUUUUUUUUAUCUAUAAAGAUGAGGCCAAAUUCUCAUUUUAAUUAUUAAAGAUGAUUUUAAUUUUUCAUGUAAUUAAAGAUAUUUAAAAUUUAUUUUAUUCAAUAAAAAAAAAACAUUUUGUUGAGAUACUCCUACUCUCAUAUUAUUUAAAUUUUCUUUAGUUACCAUAGUCAUCUAUCUGAG